AGGACUUCCCUGGGGUCAAAGCCACACCUUUUCCGGGCUCCGUGCCAGGUUCCUGUCCCGCCGGGAGGCGGGUCCCAGGAGGGAGGAGCCCAGUCUCAGUGGACACUGACAUCCUCUCUCGCUCUCUGGCGCUCUACCCAGCCUUUUCCAGGCAUGUGGCUUAAUCCGUUCCCACAACCAGCACUUUCUCCGUGAGUUCCUGAGCCAGGACCGCUGCCAUGCAGGUGAUUGUUACCCCCCCAACCGUCACGACCGUCACGACCACUGUGGGGUCCCCAACCGUCGUAGGGUCCCCUCGGGCCCUGACCCAUCCCCUGGGCCUCCUCCGCCUGCUGGAGCUGGUGUCCACCUGUGUGGCCUUCUCGCUGGUGGCCAGUGCAGCCGCCUGGGCCGGACCCAUGGGUAACUUGUCCAUGUUCAUCUGGUGCUUCUGCUUCGCCAUGACCCUGGUCAUCCUCCUUGUGGAGCUGGGCGGAUUCUACGCCCGCUUCCCCUUGUUUUGGCACAACUUCCCCAUCACCUUCGCCUGCUACGCAGCCCUCUCCUGCCUCUUGGCCUCCAUCAUCUACCCCACCACCUACGUGCAGUUCCUGUCCCACGGCCGUACCCGCGACUACGCCAUCACCGCCACCGUCUUCUCCUGCAUCGCCUGUGUGGCUUACACCACCGAAGUAGCCCGGACCUGGGCCAGUCCUGGUGAGAUCGCUGGCUACAUGGCCACCCACCUGGGGCUGCUGAAGGUGCUGGAGACCUUCGUAGCCUGUAUCAUCUUCGUGUUCAUCAGCAGCCCCUAUCUGUACCACAACCGGCCGGCCCUGGAGUGGUGCGUGGCGGUGUACGCCAUCUGCUUCGUCCUGGCGGCCCUCACUAUCCUGCUGAGCCUGGGGCACUGCACCAACAUGCUGCCCAUCCCCUUCCCCAGGUUCCUGCUGGGACUGGCCUUGCUGUCCGUCACCCUCUAUGCCACUGCCCUUGUCCUCUGGCCUCUCUACCAGUUCGGCGAAAAGUAUAGCGCCCAGGUCCGGCGGGCAGUAGAUGUGAGCUGCAAUGACAGAAACCCCUACCAUGUGUGUAGCUGGGACCGCCGUCUGGCUGUGACCAUCCUGACUGCUGUCAACCUGCUGGCCUAUGUGGGCGACCUGGUGUACUCUGCCCACCUGGUUUUUGUCAACGUCUAAGACGUCCAAAAGGCUCCGUUUCCUUCUGCAACCUUUUCAUCCUUCUCCCCCGAGUUUUCUUUAUUGAGUAUUCAUUUCCUCUGUUUUUCUCUUCUUGUCUCCCCUCCUCCCCCUUUUACUUUUUUUCUAAAUUCAUCGGACGCUUUCCCAGUUCCCUGAUGCAUCUUCUUCCCUUUCCCUCUGGCUGUUUCCUUCCUAUUUUGUUCUGUUGCCCACAGUCUGUUUUCACCCCUGAGCUGUUCCUCUUUUUCAACUCUCUCUUUUCUUUCCUUCCUUUCAUCUCUUUUCUAGGUUUUCUGUUGCUUUUCUCAUCUGCCUGUUUCCCGACCAGCUUCUCCUAUUUCCUCUGGAGCCCUGACACUUUUCUUCUCCUGCCCCCACCCACCUCCAGAGGCGAUGAGCUCCACACCUCCAAACCCCUUGCAGCUGUCGGUGCCUCCCAAGGGGCCUUCUGCUCACCUCCACCCUAGCUGUGCCUUUCUCAAUAUGUACCUAUGUGUGUUUGGGGGAGUGGGAAUUGGAUCUCCUUUCUCCCAGUGGAGGAAGGUGUGCUGUGCACCUCCCCUUUAAAUUAAAAAAUAUUUAUGUA